GGGAUCGUGGCUUCAAGCGACCGCCACAACGAAAGCAAAGGCGGAGAGUUUGAGUUUCUAAAUAUUUUUCUUCCAUUUACUGAGACGGUUUUGAGGGAACUGUUUAAUCCGAUCUCUAAUCCAAGAGAGUUGAACUGACAGAUAUGGACAUCAAACACAAAGAGGUUUUGCAGUGGCUUCAUGAGGUCUACGGAGAGGAACAGAUCCCCGUGUAUGAGAAGAAUGAACGCAGCAUCAACAUCUUGCACAAUCUCAUGAAAGCAAGCAAGCGUUCAGAGGACAAUGCUAAAGUUCUGGCUGCUGAUUACACGAAGAAGGCUGCUGAGUAUAGUGCUGAAGCAAUGCAGAAGAGAAACUGGCUGGAAGCCCUGAAGUUCAAGCCAAAUGAUCUCUCUGAGGAAAGUCAGAAAUCCCUUGCCGCCUUGGCCAACACAGCACAGGUGCUUGACGUCCAGACCCCCACCAGCACCAAUAUAGUGCUUGCUUUGAAUCAGCUGGAAAUGGAUCACAUGAAGGUUGUCAAUGAAUUAGAGCAAGAAAAGGGAAGAAAAGCUUGCCUGCUGGAAAUGAGUCAGCAGUUAUCCAGAAAACUAGAGGAAAUAAAACGGAUUUCCCAACAAGCUGAGGCAACAUGGAUGCUUCAACAAGAAGAACUGUCCAGGGAUGCAAAACGGCAGCAGUUCAGCCGAGAAAAGAGCAACAACUAUGCUGCCGACAUCACCCAUUAUGAGGCAAAGUUGAGGCAGGUUGGACUGAGCAAGGAAAUAACUCACACCCACUUGUGUGCAAAGUGGGCAGACCUGCAAGCUCUAGAGAAACAGGUGAAGGAACUGGAGCAAGAACUGCAAAACUACACCCUUCCUCCCGAUAUGGCCUUAGCGGAAGUCAAGGUACAGGAAGCACGUCUCGAGUUGGCUUCAAUUAUGGAUGGUCUGGCUAUUACAUGCAAAUCGAGCAUGUCAUAAUAAUGAUGGUGCACGCUCAGGUGUUUUUAUUCCACCCUAUAAAGUUUUAUUAUACUC